AUGGCCUCGACCAGCUCUCCCACCAACUGCGAAGACGACUCAACCGACGGUCCCGUCUAUGCACCCUUUGGUCGCAAUAUCGAGGAAACAGCGAUGGCCAAGUGGCCCCAGAUGCUGACAUUGAAUACUGAUCGUGCCGUACUUGAACAUAUGACCAGUAUGAUGGGCUAUCCGCCCAACGAGCUUGAAGUUGAAAUGCACAAGGAGCUGGAGUCAAUCAUCGGACCUGGCGACAUCAAUUCCCCAGCUUCAAAUUUCUCUGUCAGCGCUGCCAAUCCUUCGGCCCAGAUUCCGGCAAACAUCAACGAGCUCGGCUACGGCUACGGCUACGGCUGCGACGGAAACACCGACUACUUGCCGCAGUUCAUUGAUCCUUCAUUGACUUUCACUCCUGGCUACGGACUGGAAACCGGCGUUUCUGCUGUCACUAACGGCCUUCCCUUUCCUUCGACUCACGCUGGCAGAACGGACGUUGCUUGUAUCACCGAAAGUCCGCACCAUGAAGCUCAUUUUCCGGAGGCGUUCCCCUUUUCUGGCAACUUUGCUUGCAUUCCCACGACCUCGCCUCAGCUGAGCCCGAUGGUCCCAAGCCACUUCCCUAUGAUGUCCUGUGGCAUUCCUCGACCCAUGACUCCAGAUGCUACUGUUUCUGAUGGAAUUAUGACCCCGGGAAACCCCAGCAAGUCGACCCCUGCGAAGAGUGGCCAAAAUCAUGAUUCCGGGGCCUAUGGAAUGGUCACCCCGGCCAAGUCUCGCAAUUCAACUCCUGGGAAGCCUCGCAACCCAACUCCUGCAACGCCUUGCAGACAGACCCGUGCGAUGACCGGGAAGCGUUCAUCACCUGGCACUCCUGGCUCUGUUACUUCCAAUGGAAUGGACACCUCUUUUGAGUCUGUAGCAUCGACUCCUGGUGCCACAAAGGGCCGGAAGUACAAGACUCCGACGCGCCCGAGAGCACCCAGACGCUCCACAGCCAUAGAUAACUUGCCUGAAAUCGCAGCUGUGGAAGUCAUGGGCUUCAAAUUCAGUGAUGUCCAGAAGAUGCAAGCACGGGGCCAAUUGCCGCAUCCGGUUAUCUACACCUCUCUUGAGGAGGCCAAGCAUGAUCAAUUCGAUCACCUUCUUGAGCACGAAUAUGAUUGCACCAUUCCAACCACGGUGAUCGAAAAGCAAGUCCUCGUCGGCCACCUUAUGAAUGCCAUGAAGGAUCUUGACGUCGCCGACGAUGGCCACAAGGCGAUGAGUCCAUGGGAGAAGGGAGCCUAUUCCGACGAACACAUCGAGCAGGGUGCCUGGAUGGAGCUGGAAGACAUCAUUCUCUCCCAACAGAGCUCCGAGACCUUCGUUGGCUCCGGUAGCCCGAAGCGACGUUACAAAACCUUCGGAGAUCGGUACAUGUCGGUCCUGGCCUAUCUCAAGACAUCCAAGAACAUGGCCAAGCGCGUCGUGAACCCAAGUGGCCCGAUGGCCAUUGCGGACAACGCGGUCGCGGUUCGAGAAGGCAUCAAGCAGAACAAGGGCGUCAAUGACAGGAAGGCAGAGCGCCUCGCGAUGCAAAAGGCCCUGACGAAGAACAAGUCGCCCGAGGAGAUUCAGGAAACGAUCGCUUCUCUUGCAAACGAGGGUCCCUCGAAGCGCUCGCCGUCUCACCCACCGGAGGAUGGCAGCCCUCCUAAGCGUUCGAAGAAGAAGGCGGGCAAGUCAUGA